AUGGCAACAAACUGCACCCAACAAGUGCGUAUCCUCGCACAACCGCAAGCGUUCUGCAGAGAACGAUAUAACAGUGAAAUGAAUCACGACAAUCACAGAGCGAAUCGAUUUCUACGUAGCGAUCAGCCUGAUUUCGAUUAUCCGACAAUCGAAAUUCCCGACAUAUGGAGACAAAACUGUACACAUAUUCGAGUAACAUUAGUGACCGUUCCAUGGGAACAAGCACCAGAAAGAUGCAUACAUCCGUAUCCAAUUAUUACACCGGACUCAGAUGCAAUCUUACACAAGGAAAUGAACACGAUUUAUUUUGCAGUAUCAGACGAUGAACGUCAAACAGGCAGGAAAAGUUUUCGUAUCAGGCGUGCAAAAUUAACCCAGAAUGAUUUAAGAAAUAUCGGAUCGUUAUACAUUCUGGAUACUGAUCGUCGAGAUGAAAAUCGUAUCGGUCCUGUCGUUGAUCCUCGACAAAUCAUUAAUACUUACCAAUUAGGAAAAUCUCAAUUACUAUUUUCUGUUGUCGGAAGCGAAAAUGGUUCGCCAUUGGUUAUAUAUGGUACGACUUCUGUAUAUUCGGUCAUUAUGAGCGCACCUGUGAAUACAACUAAUGAUGAAAAUACAUGCAUUAGAUUUGCACCAUCUAAAGGUUCUUGGGAUGGCGGUGAAACUAUUUUGAUGUUCAUACCAGACUUAGAUAAACGAAAACCCUGUGAGAUCUAUUUCGAAUAUCCUGGCAGUCCAAAUGCUUCAGUCACAUUUAAAUAUAUCGAUGUGAAAACACUUGAAUUUAGAACUCCACGAUGUCCAUUUCCAGAAAAUAGUCAGCAUAGUGUCGUAGUGCCUAUUGUUAUCACGUACAGUGGAACAAAAGUGAAACGUGUUAACUUUCUCUAUCACACCCCAGACAGAUGUUUAAACUGCGAUAGACAAGCAAUUUUUGAUUCAUGUGAAAGUUCAAAUUCAUCCAGUGCACAAUCAACAACAGUCGAUCAACUGUAUCUUGAAGAUGACUUUGAUUUGGAUGAUAAUGAAUAA